GGCGAGGGGAGGGCUGCCUGAAGCGGAGCGCGAACCGGGGCUCCUUGGCGUAUGUGCGCCUGCGCGGGGCUGGGCCGGUGGCGGCCGUGGCAGCAGCGGCGGGACUGCACCUGUGGCCGCCGCGGGGCGGGGCGGGAGCGCCCUCGGGCAGCGAGCGCGGAAAUGCCGCGGCAGCCGAAGCAACAGAGGUAGCGCUCGGGGCGGCAGGCGUGCUCCCCUCUGUGCCCGCCCCCAGCGCCGUGCGCCUGCCCCCGGCGGCCGCGCCUCCACCUCGGGCUGUUUCCGCACCUGGGCCGCGCCCGCCGCCGGCAGGAUGGCACAAGAGGGGGCGUGUGCCUGCGCCGCUGCAGCGGGAGACGGCGGCGACGGGAUGGACGGCAGGAAGGUGGCUCUCAUCACCGGCAUCACCGGGCAGGGAUAAUGAUGCUCUCAGAGUCCUGAUGCUUUGAUCAGAAGGUGCAGGAGAAAGGUUUCAUGGAAAGAAAAUUCACAGUUUCCCUUGGAACAACUUCCGUACUGUGAAAAAGGAUGUGCCAGUGCAAGAGCACAGUCAGAGCUUUCCCAAGGACUACUUUGGUGCUGUGUGAACAGUCUUCCAGUUUGUUGACAGAAGCACGUUUCUCUUCAUCAGAGGUUAUAAAUAAGUGUUGCCAUCAAGUUUCAUCCAAAACUCUUGAGAAAAAGCUUUGCUCAGUGUUUCUGACUGCCAGUGAAGUCUAUUCUCUAGCUGCUCACUAGAGAAGGAAGUUCUGGUAGCCUCGCUCAGCUAGCAGGUAUUAACUCAAGGACCAGUGCAGGCAAUCUGAUUCCUUGUGUUUGAACAGGAUAUGUACAGGAUGUGGAUCAAAAAACAGUGUAAAGAUCAAGUGGGUUAUAAGCAAAUCCAAACUGAAGAGACCGCUCCUAUGAAAAGCUUUUUCUUGUGACUUCAUCCUCUCCCAGAUGGAUCGUACUUGGCUGAGUUCCUGCUGGAAAAAGGCUAUGAGGUGCAUGGCAUCGUUCGUCGGUCUAGUUCUUUUAAUACAGGCCGGAUUGAACAUCUCUAUAAGAACCCACAGGCUCACAUUGAAGGAAAUUUCUUUUGACCUAGCAGAAUAUACUGCUGAUGUUGAUGGGGUUGGCACUUUACGCCUCCUAGAUGCUAUUAAGACCUGUGGCCUUAUCAACUCUGUGAAGUUCUACCAAGCCUCCACCAGUGAACUUUUUGGAAAAGUGCAAGAAAUCCCACAAAAGGAGACCACCCCUUUUUACCCAAGAUCGCCUUAUGGAGCAGCAAAACUGUAUGCCUACUGGAUUGUGGUGAACUUCAGAGAGGCCUACAAUCUCUUUGCAGUGAACGGCAUCCUCUUCAAUCACGAAAGCCCCAGGAGAGGAGCUAACUUUGUUACUCGAAAAAUUAGCCGAUCGGUAGCAAAGAUUCACCUCGGACAGCUGGAUUGUUUCAGCCUGGGCAAUCUGGAUGCUAAGAGAGACUGGGGACAUGCCAGGGACUAUGUUGAGGAUUCGGUGCAAGAAACUGCCGUUGCAGAAGUAGUAAUUGCCAGUGAUGGUGUAAUCAGAAUGACCAGAACAAGCCAAGGGAAGGCCAUGUGGCUGAUGCUGCAAACAGAUGAGCCCGAGGACUUCGUCAUAGCCACUGGGGAGGUCCAUAGUGUCCGUGAAUUUGUGGAGAAGUCGUUUAAGCACAUUGGGAAAACCAUUGUGUGGGAAGGGAAGAAUGAAAAUGAAGUAGGACGCUGCAAAGAGACUGGCAAGAUUCAUGUGACAGUCAAUCACAAGUACUACAGGCCAACUGAAGUGGAUUUUCUUCAAGGAGACUGUACCAAAGCCAGACAAAAGCUGAACUGGAAGCCAAGAGUCACAUUUGAUGAGCUGGUGAGGGAGAUGGUGGACGCUGACGUGGAGCUCAUGAAGAACAACCCCAAUGCAUGAGCCCUGGCUGGGCUCAGCAGUCACCCUUCCUGUGGUGGUUUUAUUGCUGCCCUGACUGUGCGUGAAAGCUUGAUUUUAUGCACCCCUCCACACCCUCCCGGUGCCUCUCACCCCACACAUCAUACCAUGGUCAGCCCUGCCUGGACUAACUCUGGCUCCUGCCAUUAAGUGAGGAGGAGUCACCCUCCUUUCUCUGAAAACAUACCUGAAGUACUGACAGGUCAGCAAGCCCCCUGAUUUCCUUUUUUGAAUUAAAACUCAUCUUUCUGUUACCUAGGACUUCCAGCACAUUUUUAGUACUUUCUCCCAUUUGAAAAACAAAAGUGUGACCAGUCCCCUCCCUGCCCUCUCCUCCAGCAACAAAAGCAGCAAACUUCUGGCACUAACAUGAACUUGCCACCCCUCCAAUCCUUGCUACACAGCUUCCUCUCUUCUGCCUUUCCUGAACACUCCUUUUCUUUCCUGCAGCCUUACCUCCACCCCAGCGGCCCAUUUCCACCACUUGAACUCUGUAAAAGUUUGGAUAACUUGAUAUAACUUGCAGUGAAAUCGCCUUUUGACCAUGCCAAAUUAAUUCCUAAUUGCUGGAAUCACUUUCAAACCAGUCAGAGGGGGCUUGUAAGCAUUUUUCAGAUCUUCAUUUCAGAGUGUGCAUGAGUCACAAAAGGCCUUUUUGUCCAGCACCUUCCCAGUCUGGCGGCUUAGGGUGUUUUGAUUUUUGCCCCCCAAGAAUCAACCCAUUCCCCUUCCAUCCUCUUCCUGCUUACUAUAAUUAGACCUCGGACAGGAGCUUGAACCAUCUCAAAAGAUGAUUUAAGAAAUAAAAACAAAAUAAAUAAAAAGCUUAAAAAAAAA